AUGGCGUUUAGGGCUUCUAAGAUUCCCAACGAUGGUCUACUCUGCUAUCGUGGGUUUUUCAAUCAAGAGAGAGUGAUGGUCUGCUCACCCAAAGCCUUGGCUGAGGUACUUAGUACCAACAGUUAUGCUUUCCCGAAACCCUCUCAUUUUCGAUGGUCCAUUGGUCGUAUUCUUGGAAUUGGCAUCUUACUUGCGGAGGGGGAGGAGCACAAGAUGCAGCGCCGCAGCUUGACACCUGCAUUCGCCUUUCGUCACAUCAAGAAUUUAUACCCAGUCUUCUGGAGUAAGGCCAGGGAAGUGACACGCACCAUGAUGGCAGAGUUCGGUGGGGAGGGAGAGGGAGAGGUCCAUGUCGAAAUAUCCAGUUGGGCAUCACGAGCCACACUCGAUAUUAUUGGUCUUGCUGGGAUGGGUCGGGACUUUGGCGCCAUUCAAGACCCUCAAAACACUCUCGCUCAGACAUACAAGCAGAUAUUCAAGCCUUCGCGCCAGGCUCAGGUGCUCGCUUUUAUCGGCAUGAUUAUUCCCAUGCAAUUCAUCACAAAGCUACCUUUCCGUCGAAACGAGGACAUUGCUAAGGCGGCCACCGAUAUCCGGGCGGUUUGUCGAGAUCUUAUCCGUGAGAAGAAGGCGAAAAUUGCCAAUAAGGAGCAAGCAGAUGUUGAUAUACUAUCGGUCGCUCUUGAAAGUGGUGGUUUCACUGACGAGAACCUGGUUGACCAGCUCAUGACAUUCCUCGCUGCAGGGCAUGAGACAACAGCUUCGGCAAUGACCUGGGCAAUAUAUAUGCUCUCGAAACAUUCCAAUAUUCAGAGCAAGCUGCGGGAUGAAGUACGCGAAUAUCUUCCCUCUGUGGAUUCGGACGUUGAUAUCACAAGUCUUGACAUAGACCGCAUGCCAUACUUGAAUGCUGUGUGCAGCGAGGUUCUACGAUAUUAUGCCCCUGUCCCGUUGACAAUGCGCGAUGCCGCCUAUGAUACCACCAUUCUAGGCCACUCAAUACCCCGCGGCACACGUGUUGUCAUUGUACCGUGGGCUACUCAUUUUGAUACAGAGCUCUGGGGCCAGGAUGCGGGUCAAUUCAAGCCAGAGCGGUGGCUCCCAUCGGGUGGAGAGAGUGGUUCCGCUGACCGCAAAGCAGCGAGUGGUGGAGCGAGCAGCAACUACGCGUUCCUGACUUUCUUGCAUGGCCCACGGAGUUGCAUUGGAUCCAGUUUCGCAAGAGCAGAGUUCGCAUGUUUGCUAGCGGCAUGGAUUGGUCGCUUUGAGUUCACCCUUGCGAACCCUGAAGAGAUGGAUGAGAAGAAAGUGGAAAUUCGGGGCGGUAUAACGGCCCGGCCCGCGAAAGGAAUGCAUGUCAAGAUCAAAACAGUGAGCAGCUACUGA